AUGCUGUCAGUCAGGGUCCUCUCUCAUCCACAACGACUACCCCAAGCUUACGAAAAGCGAUUUAUUGAAGUAGCCUUCGCCAAGAAAUCUCUCUCUUCACUCUCUGUUUACUGCAUUGUGGCGGGUGCUGGAGUCUGCGCCUGGGCCAACCAAGCGAUCGCCCAAUGCGCAGACGUGCUCCUCUUCCCCUUGAGCACAAAUUCACGUUCAGCGACUGUGCAUGCCAGUCUGCGCAAGCAGAAUAAUGAAUGGAACAACAGUCGACCCGAAUCCUUCGAUCCCUGCUUUGUAGGGAACGAGGUUGUAGUUGGUGUCAGGUUUCCCAACAUCCGUUUUAGUACCCCCUUGGCGCCUUCUGACGUAUCCGUAGCGAUUGGAAACCAACAUAACGAACUCGCUCGGAUUUUAAUUUCUGUCCUGGCAUCCCGACCGUUGAACCCUUGCCAAGGCGAUUUGUGCAAGCUGAUGUGGGUGUACCUAAUCCGUAAGGGGGUGUGGACCGUGUGUGGUGUGGCGCUAUCUGAUUCUUCUGUCCCUCCUGCGCUGGUUGGUGGGUGGAGAUCAACAGGAACAGAACCAUUUGCUGGAAUUCAAGUUUUGACGAAACCCUUUGAUCGGCACAGCUGGCUAACCCGUUUCCUGGAGUGUCAACUUCGCUAUGGGGCAUGA